AUGCUUCAUCGCUUCGCCACCUUCAUCCCCUUUGUGCUCAUCGCCGGCUCCACGGUGAUGCUCCUCUUCAUCAACCUCAGUGGUGCCCUGGACAACCUGGUGUUCCUCAACAAAUUCUACUUUUCCAAGGCCACCGUCAAAUUCGAAAGACGCUGGACCAUGUACGCCAUGUGUACGCCUUACGGCGAUGGCCAGGUGCAGUGUACCAAAAAACUGCCGGCUUACCCAUACGAUCCUAGCCGGAAUUUGGGUGCAAGCCAUGUUCCGGAGGAAUUCGACAAGAACCAGAAAACCUACUUUUACUUGUCGAAGAUCGCCUACCUGAUGUUUUUGCUUGCGCUCUUGUGCUCUAUUUUAUCCUUGUUGCCCGUGACUAUCCUGUGCUGUGCAUGUACUGGCUUCCUUACAGGCUUCUUUGCAUCUUUCGUCAUUGGCGGAGCUCUUUUCCUUGAUAUUUUGGCUUGUUCGUUGCAAACGGCUGCACACGUCAAAGGCGUCAAUGCGUUCAAGAAAGCAGGCUUUCUGGCGCUGUUGGGCACGCCGAUGUUCGUUUGCAUGUGGUUGAGUGUUGGUACGCUUUUUGUAGCGUGGGUGUGGAUGAUCAAGGUUGGUGUGGCUGGAUUCCACCAGAUGUUUGGAGGUGGUAAGAAGAAGAGGAGCUACGAUAGCGAGCUGGACGGGAAGAACUUCCUGGAUUGA